CGCAUCUUAUGCGCAUGAUAGGUCAUUAUUGCGCCACUGAUGAACAUGGUCACACAAGCCACCUUCGUCCAUGGCUACGAAUUGCAUCACACUCGGCGCCCAGUAUUGGGUCGAAACGUUCCAAGGCCAGGCGCAAAAGCUACUUUCUUGUCGUAUACACACAUUUGACAUCGCCUGCCGAGAUAUCUCUAUUACUAGGCUCAGUCGACAUGGCUCGACAUAUAUAAUGGAGCGGACUUAUCUUCCCAUGGUUUCUUCUUCUUUUCUGAAGCAAUAUAAGCGAUUUUGUAGUUCUUGCUACGCCUGCCUCAGCUUACAUACAUUGCUCCUGAGGGCGAACACAGCACUCCUUUAGCCAACAUGGGUAAGAUAGAUCUCAAGGUCGUCCGUGAAAGUUGGGGGUUAUUCGACGCAAAAGAAAAACGAAACAUCGCGAUCUACAUCGUUGGUAUCAUGCUCUACAAGUUUGGUCUCGAAGCAUUCAAUGGAUCUAUUACGGCUCUAGCAACAAACCGAUAUGACCAAGAUGCACGCCUUGCUGGGACCACUCCACGAACAUUUGAGCGUAUCGGUCUCUUGCAAGGGUUGAAUCAAGCUUUUCAGUGUGUUGGCUCCAUCUUGAUUGCUCCUCUAAUCAAACGUUACCCAACCCGUCUGGUCCUUUCUGUGGCUAUUCUUGUCUUCGGUCUUUUCACUGCGAUCUUGCUCAUCGUGGAUGCCGCCACUGGGGGCAAGAUAAAGCCCAAUGACUGGGAGGAGACCCACACAGCUGCAGAGCUGCGCACCGACUUCUCGUACUUUGGGAAUUACAAUACCGACGGUAUAAUCCCUAUUUACUGUGUAACUGGCAUAGCGUAUGGCAUGGUUGAACUGAUCCGCCGAGUCAUUCCGCGAGAUAUAGUUGGGGGCAAUGUUCAGAAGCUGAGACGUAUGGACGCGACAGUCCAUAUCUUUUAUGAGGUCGCUGGAACAGCCGGUGCAUUUGCAACAGCUCUUGGCCUCAUUCCCGCCCUCGGUUACAACUACAGCUUCCUGAUUACUCCUAUCUUCUUCACGGCAGCCUCGAUCGUCUGGUUCUUCAUUUCCAACUAUGGCUUCGUUAAGACUCCCCACCUUCGUGAUGCUCAAGGCAACCGGAACUACUUCAAGUCGAUCUGGCAUAGUAUUGUGCUAUUUUUCGAGUCGAUCUAUACUGGAGGAGUCCUUGUCUUCACGAACCGCAAGUUUAUCUGGCUAUUGCCAGGAUAUGCAUUUGCCCUAUACGGACAUCGAUAUCUCGAAAACGGCAUCGCACCGUUCGUCGCAAGACGCUACCUUGGUGUAUCUGCUUGGUCUCAGAUCAUGGUUGGCGGCUCCAACUUUGGCGAGCUUCUCGGUGCCCUUUUCGUGUUUCUCUUUACAAACCUUGUCGCGAGACCAAUGCCAUGGCUCCGUCUUGACGCUUUGCUGCUACUUAUUGUCUGGUACCUUCCAUACUAUACUCCACCCCAAUCUGAGGUCCGCUACGCAUGGAUUGUAGCUGCUACUUUCAUCCCGAUCUCGUUUGGUUGGGCCGCAGGCGAUGUAUCGCUAGCAGCAUACAUCCAAGCCUCGCUAGCCCGUACGGAAUCGAAGAUGAAGAACGUGUCGGCCCUUGGUGCGGUCAUGGCAUUCCUUUACUCAACAUACAUUGUCAUCUACGCAAUCGCAAACCCUCUUCUUGGCAGAUACCUCGACCGCCAGAGUGCACUACAAGCUGCUGGGCAGGAUGGUGCCAUCCAAGAUGGUGUCCGCAGUGUUGCUGGCAUUCAGUUCACUAUCUUGGCUGCUAUUGUUAUCGCCUCCACCUUUAUUCCGAAAGGUGCCAUCUCGUUCAACCCUAAGAUGAUCUCUGACGAGCUUCUCGACAGUGAUAUCGGUGAUGACAAAGCUGAUUUGAAGGACAUAAGCUCCGGCGAAGAGAUACUGGACUCCGAAAAGGGUGGUCUUGCGCCGGAACCAGAUCAUGAGAAGAGAACUUCCAUCACAUUGGGACUUGAAGAUGCUGUCAGGCGAACUUCUGUGGCGUGAUUUAGUGGUUGUGCGAAAAUUGAUAAGGAAGUAUUCGCCUUAGUAGAGUAGCUUAUUUCAGUAGCUAUAGAGCACAUUCUGCUAUUAGGAAUAGGGAGAUUUCUCAUGGAGUGCGAUUGAUAGUACAAAUCACGACUGCAUCGGAGUCCUAAGGUACGUUUCCCUCUUCAUCUUACUACCAGAGCGAAG